UUGCCCCGGCGCAGGCUCAGGCGGGAAGAUGGCGGCCGGGUUCAAAACUGUGGAGCCUCUGGAGUAUUACAGGAGGUUUUUGAAGGAGAACUGCCGUCCGGACGGGAGAGAACUGGGCGAGUUCAGAGCCACGACCGUCAACGUAGGCUCAAUCGGCACGGCGGACGGCUCUGCGCUCGUGAAGCUGGGGAACACGGCCGUGAUCUGCGGGGUUAAAGCGGAGCUCGCCGUGCCGCCUCCCGACGCCCCCGACAAGGGCUACGUGGUCCCCAACGUGGACCUGCCGCCUCUGUGCUCCUCGAGGUUCCGGCCGGGGCCGCCCGGGGAAGAGGCCCAGGCAGCCAGCCAGUUCAUCGCGGACGUCGUGGAAAACUCCCAGGCGGUGCGGAGAGAGGACCUGUGCAUCGCUCCGGGAAAGCUCGCCUGGGUCCUCUACUGCGACCUCAUCUGCCUCGACUACGACGGGAACGUUUUGGACGCCUGUACGUUCGCUUUGUUAGCGGCGCUGAACAAUGUACAGUUGCCUGAAGUUACCAUAAAUGAGGAAACUGCCUUAGCAGAAGUUAACUUAAGGAAAAAGAGGUAUUUGACCAUCAGAACCCAUCCAGUCGCCACCUCCUUCGCGGUGUUUGAUGACACGCUGCUCGUGGUGGACCCCACCGGCGAGGAGGAGCGCCUGGCGACCGGGGCCCUGACAGUCGUCACGGACGAGGCGGGCAGGCUCUGCUGUCUACACAAGCCAGGGGGCAGUGGGCUGACCGGAGCCAAACUCCAGGACUGCAUGAGCCGAGCAGUCACCAGACACAAGGAGGUAAAGAAGCUGAUGGACGAAGUCAUGAAGAGCGUGAAGCCCAAAUAAACCACCGCAUUCCCAAAACAGAUUUGUAAAAAACUGUAUUUGUUUCACACUGCACACAAGCCUUUUUAUACUGAAUAAAUAUCAAACUACUCUCCUGAAAA